AUGGACGGCUUCUCGGCGUACAUCGCGGUGGAGCUGGCCAUCGCCGUGCUGGCCAUCCUGGGCAACGUGCUGGUGUGCUGGGCCGUGUGGCUCAACAGCAACCUGCAGAGCGUCACCAACUACUUCGUGGCGUCGCUGGCGGCGGCCGACAUCGCCGUGGGGGUGCUCGCCAUCCCCUUCGCCGUGACCCUGAGCACCGGCUUCUGCGCGGCCUGCCACAGCUGCCUCUUCUUCGCCUGCUUCGUCCUGGUGCUCACGCAGAGCUCCAUCUUCAGCCUGCUGGCCAUCGCCAUUGACCGCUACAUCGCCAUCCGGAUCCCGCUCCGGUACAACGGCUUGGUGACCGGCUCGCGGGCCAAGGGCAUCAUCGCCGUCUGCUGGGUGCUGUCCUUCGCCAUCGGCCUGACCCCCAUGCUGGGCUGGAACAACUGCAGCCAGCAGGCGGGCCGGAACGGCUCGCGGGCCUGCGGGCAGGGCCGGGUGGCCUGCCUCUUCGAGGACGUGGUGCCCAUGGGCUACAUGGUCUACUACAACUUCUUCGCCUGCGUGCAGCUGCCGCUGCUGCUCAUGCUCGGCGUCUACCUGCGCAUCUUCCUGGCGGCGCGGCGGCAGCUGAAGCAGACGCAGAGCCAGCCGGCGCCGCCGGGCGAGCGCGCGCGCUCCACGCUGCAGAAGGAGGUGCACGCCGCCAAGUCGCUGGCCAUCAUCGUGGGGCUGUUCGCCCUGUGCUGGCUGCCGCUGCACGUCGUCAACUGCUUCACCUUCUUCUGCCCCUCGUGCGGCCACGCCCCGCCCUGGCUCAUGUACCUGACCAUCGUCCUCUCGCACGGCAACUCGGUGGUGAACCCGUUCAUCUACGCCUACCGCAUCCGCGAGUUCCGCCACACCUUCCGCAGGAUCCUGCGCAGCCACGUGCUGCGGCGGCGGCCGCGGCGCGAGCCCUUCAAGGCGGGGGGCCCCGGCGCCCGCGCCCUGGCGGCCCACGACACGGAGCGCGUGGGCCUCCGCCUCAACGGCCACCCGCCCGGGGGCGCCUGGGCCAACGGCGGCGCCGCCCGGCCCGACGGCCCCGCGCUGGCGCCGCCCCGCGCCCUCCCGGACGCGCAGCUCCAGGGCCGGCGCCCGGAGUCCCCGGGCCCCGGGGGCCCCCGGGCCGGGGCAGGAGCGUCCUGA